AUAAAUGACGCCCACUGCCUGGCGUAAGGAAGCCACAAGCCCCACUCAAGCUAGCUUCACCUCAAGCUCGAGCUUCACUUGAGCCCCAAAAAUGGCGAGCAGCUCACUAGUAGUCCUGGCCGUCCUGGCCACCGUGGCCGCGCUGCUGCUCUCUCCGGCCAUGCCCCUACCCGUCUUCACCGGCGACUCCUCCCCGGGCUUCCACGCGGCGUCGUGCCCGCAGCUGGACGGCAUCGUGUGGUCGUCCGUGGAGGCGGCGCUGCGGCAGGAGGUGGCGGUGGCGGCGGGCAUGCUCCGCCUCUACUUCCACGACUGCUUCCCGCAGGGCUGCGACGCCUCCAUCCUCCUCAACACCACCGCCGCCCGCGAGACCGCUCUCGGCCCCAACCUCAGCAUCCAGCCGCGCGCCAUGCAGCUUAUCGAGUCCAUCCGCGCCAGGGCGCACGCCGUUUGCGGGCCCGUCGUCUCCUGCGCCGACAUCACCCUGCUCGCCACCCGCGACAUCAUCGUCAUCUCCGGCGGGCCCUGGUUCAACGUGCCGCAGGGCAACCUCGACAGCCUCGCCCCGGCGUCGCAGGACAAGGUGUUCGACCUCCCGGCGCCUGACACGGCCAGCGUGGCGACGCUCGUGAACUCCUUCGCCACCAGGGGCCUCGGCGACGUGGCCGACCUCGUGGCGCUCUCCGGCGCGCACACCAUCGGGCGGUCGCAGUGCGGCAGCUUCGUCGACCGGUCCAAGCGCGCCGACGACACCUUCUCGAGGAAGCUGGCGGCCAACUGCAGCAAGCACCCGGAGCGGCUGCAGAACCUGGACGUGAUCACCCCGGACCUGUUCGACAACGCGUACUACAAGGCGCUGGGGUUCAACCAGGGCGUGUUCACCUCCGACAUGGCCCUCGUGAAGAACAAGACCACCGCGCCCAUCGUGAAGCGGUUCGCCGAGAGCAAGGACGCCUUCUUCGGGCAGUUCGCCAGGUCCAUGGAGAAGCUCGCGAGGGUGCCCAAACCGGCCGGCAACGUGGGCGAGAUCCGGCGCUUCAGCUGCUUCAGGACCAACGCCCAGCGCGCCGACGCUGCAACCGUGGACGCCGCCGGCAAGGAGGAGGAGGAGGGCUUCGCCGCUUCCGCUUGAUCUGAUGGUACGGUCAAGUGCGUACGGGCGCAAGAUGGUCGUCGGCAGGCAGGCUAGCAGGUACCCGUGCGUUGUGUUAGCGUGCAUGCUUCCUUUUUCUGCGUGUAGCAAUAAAGAGACAGAGAUUUCGAUCGUCGUUGCAUCUCAUCUUGAUGAACUUUGUGGUGUUUACUGCUUGUUGGGCACGGUCAUCCUCUUGCGUGCUUGAAGACUUUUGGAACCCC